CAUGAGCGGCGAGGUCCGCCACGCGCUGCUCCGCCGGGACGCGCUGAGCGCCGCCAAGGAGGCGCUCUACCACCUGGACGUGCUGGUCAGCGGGCAGCUGCAGAGCGCGGCGGCGCUGCCGGCCGGGGACGCGGGCCCGGUGGAGCUGCUGGAGGAGUUCGUCUUCCAGGCGCUGCAGGAGCGCGGCGGGGCGCAGCCCAAGAGGCUGACGGCGGUGCAGGAGCUGCAGCUGCUGGAGACGCUCUGCGGCUACUUCCAGGAGCAGAGCAAGGAAGCGGUGCGGCAGGUGGUCUUCUCGGCGCUCUUCGCCCCGCAGGGCAACAAGGCGGACGACAGCCGCAUGGCGCUGCUGGGCAAGCUGGUCUCCGUGGCCGUGGCCGUCGGCCGGGUGCCCGUGCUCGAGUGCGUGGCCUCCUGGCUGCAGCGCACCCCGGCCGUCUUCUGCGUGAGGCUGGCGCGGGCGCUAGUGGACGACUACUGCAGCCUGGGGCCCGGCUCGGUCCAGACCCUCCAGCACAUCUUCAGCGCCAGCCCUCGAUUCUGCUGCCAGUUCAUCACGGCCGCCGCCAUGCUCUACGACCUGUCCUCGGAUGAGCUCAUCCCUUCCCCCGAUUUGCUGGAGAUGGUCGUCUCCUGGAUCUUUGAAGACCCCCGGUUGAUCCUGAUCACCUUUCUGAACGCUCCAAUUGUAACAAGCCCACCCAUUGGCUUUCUGGAGCUCACCCCGCUCUGUGGCCUGAUCUGCUGGUGCGUGAAAGCCCCCUUGGCUUGCAAGAGACAGAAGCCGCCUCCCUCCAACGGGGCUCUUGGCGGGAAGGUGGACUUGCCCGACAGCCUCGACAGGGACUGCCACCUGCUUUACUCCAAGCUGCACCUCAGCAUCCUUCAGGUGCUGAUGCUGCUUCAGGGCCACCUGACCGAGAAGAACCUCUAUGGACGCCUGGGGCUGGUGACGGGGGAGCAAAUGGCUUCCCUGGUGGAGGACGUGCGCCUUCUCUCCGACAAGCUGAACCCUCUCCACGCAGCCAAGGAGAUCGAGCUGGCCCUGGACCGGCUGGCCCAGGUCUUGCAGGUGGCCAUGGCCUCUGGAGUGCUGCUUUGGACGAGAGAGAAUCUAAGGACGGUGUGCUCUGGGCUGCCACAUAACAACUUGCUCCAGCUGGUGAUUUCGGGACCCGUCCAACCGCCAGCCCACGCUGCUCUGCCCCCAGGAUUUUAUCCCCCCAUCCAUACCCCUCCGCUUGGAUACCCUGCCCACGCCGCUCUCCCUGCUCACCCAGCGCAGGCCUUCAUGCCAGGCAUGGCAUUUCCAUACCGGCCCAUUCGCUGAAGGCUCCAGCGCUUCAUCUUUUCCUGCCUGCUGGAAUGGAAGCCUUAGAAAGAGAGGCCAUGGUUUUGGGGCCUGUUGGGGUGGCGGGUGGGGUUUCUAUAUUUAUUAGAGAAAGAAGUCUUAGAGAAAGAGAUUGUCUUUUCUCGGAGGAGAGAACUGAUGGUGCUGGAUAUUAACAACGGGGAAUUAUUACUGAUGCAGGCAUAAUGGAUUGGCCACAAGAUGUACAGUUCCAGUUUUUGAAUGGGCAAGAGUCUUUUCCUUCCGAUUGUUGACUUGGUAUGAUUUUUAACUACAGAGGAAGGCAGAAUUGUGGGGUUUUUGGGGGGGGGGGCAGUUACCUUUUUGGGUAUCUUUUUUUUUUCCUGUCCCCUAAACAAAAGGAGUGGAUAGUUAUGUAAAAAUGGCAAAAGGAGAGCUAAAUCACAUUUUGUAAGCUUUUGGGUGAAGC